AUGUCCAUGAACCACCCCAAGCCACGCCAAAUACGUCUUCCGUUCGACGUCCCAAAGCCCACCAAAAGUGUCCCACAGGCGAGGAUUUGUGGAAUAUGUCGGAAGGGCGACAGCAGGUAUACUUGUCCGAGGUGUAAUGUGGCAUACUGCUCUUUAGACUGUUUCAGAUCAGAGACCCACGACCAAUGUUCCGAACCAUUCUACAAGACCACCGUCCUCGACUCCAUCUCUGCCGACCCCAAAGUCGGACUCGAAGAGAAAAAGCAAAUGAUGGACAUGCUACGCCGAUUUGAAGAGACAGAGGCGGAAGGUGGUAAUGGACUGGAAGAGGUCGGAAGCGAGGCGGAGGAUGAAGAUGAAGAGUUGAUCAAGUUGUUUGAAGGGGUCGACAUUGAGUCGAUGGGAAGUAACGACAUAUUCAAGCUCCUACCUCCGAAACACCGCGAAGCAUUCAUCCAAGCCCUGCAAAAUCCGGAUUCUGAAGAUACGAAAGCGCUUCUGGAGGCAGCGUCUCAAGAUCUGUUGCCACAACCGCCAGAUGUAUUGCCCUGGUGGGAGACAGAGGCUUCUUGGACAGAGCGCAACGGGGGGGACGAGAAUGAUGGACCGAGAGUUGCAGAAGAGCCUGAGACGAUACCGGAAUCUGUAUUGGAGGGUAUAAACCCUCCAGACCGUGUGGGCAAGAAACUUGCCUAUAAUGCUAUAGCUCUCAGCAUGGCCUACCUGCACACCCUCCUAUCCUACCGCCUCCCCUCCCUCCACCCAACACAUCUCAAAUCACAAGACGUCGAAGCAUCCGAGCUCAAAUCAUACUUUAACCUGCUCACGCCAUUCUUGGUCGAACCAAAAUCGACCACCCGGCAUGAGAGUCUAGGAUCAGCAUGGGGCAGUGUGUGGGAAGCUAUAUCGUCUGAUAUGGAUGUGCCGCCGUUGGCUGAGACUUUACGACAUUUGUUGGGUUUGAUACCAGAUCUUUUGCAUCCGCCGAUUACUACGCCAGCGUACCCCCGAGUGCUUCUGAUAUUGUCGGAUUUAUAUGGGCUGUUUACUCUACCACCUGGGAAGGUUGGAGGGGCGGUGCCGAGGAAGGUGGCUUUCUAUGUGAAGGCUUUGAGACAGCUGGACAGGGCCGAGUGGUUACAAUUGGAGAGCGAAAUCCGGAAGGAAGUUGACAAGCUGGAAGGAGAGAGUGGAGACGGCGAAGUCAAGGAGGAGCGGAGAGAGAGGCUGGAGAUUGUAUAG